ACACACACACACAGCAUGCCUCCCUUCAACAAGACCCAGCCGCAGACCAAAGCCUUCAAACAGAGGAACUUCGCGACUCGGAAACAGGAGGUGGCAGGGAUCCGGUCCAAGUUCCCCAACAAGAUCCCGGUCAUCAUUGAACGGUACGACAAGGAGAAGUAUCUCCCUCCUCUGGAUAAGACCAAGUUCCUGGUCCCUCAUGAGCUCACCAUGACCCAGUUCGUCACCAUCAUCAGGAACCGGAUGGCCCUGCUGCCCACUCAGGCCUUCUACCUACUCAUCAACAACAGCGGUCUGGCCAGCAUGUCCCUCACCAUGGCUCAGGUGUACAAAGACCACCAGGACGAGGACGGCUUCCUGUACAUGACCUACGCCUCUCAGGAGGUGUUCGGGCGCUCGCACUAGCAGCUGAAUGUUUUAGAUUUUACCCUCCCUUAAAGACUCUCUGUGCUGUACAUAGAAAACAAGCUGUAUAUAUUGUAAUAUGUGUUGUAUAUGCUGAUUUGUAUGAGAUGGAUUUUAAUGAAAGUAUGUGGAUCCAAUAAAUCUUAAGUCAAA